CUUCAUUUCAUUUGUCUUUCCUAAGUAUUCUACAUUUAAAAACUACAAGAUCUUUCAGGGUUAUACAGUCAACUAUUAACAACUCAACAUGGCACCUCAGACCCUUGCGGAGAAAGCCAAGGCCAAGCUCCAGGCUGUUCUAGAGGAUCCCAACAGGAACGACUCAUCCUCCUACAAGCAGAGAGUGAUGACUACUACGACUCCUGCGACCGGAUCCGAGUGGACCAACACUUGGGUACGACGAAAUAGUAACGAUCGUCGGGCCAGUGUUGGAAGUGAAGGUUCAACUGGAUCACCUGUUCGCCGCAGGUCAAGCUUCCAAGAGUGGCUAUAUCCCUCAGCUCGUUAAUGAUGUAUAUGAUACAAGGUUGCGCGUGAACGUCGUCCCCUUUUUCAGAAGGUGCAUUAUUAGGUUAUCUCUUUCGACGGGAACCAAAACGGGAACCAAAUUGUAUUUGCUGUUGGGUGGGUUACGCGACAAUGUUCUUUCUUUGGUCACGAGACAAUUGAUCAAGACGAAGGCUACAGGUAAUGAAUGCACUGUAUAUAUAUAAAACUUAUUGGAUGAUUAUAUAAUUAAGAAUCGAGAUUGUAUUAAUUUACAUCAUAUAUCUAAAUGCA